GCAGCUGAGGAGCUUUUGACAGAUCUGGUCGCGUGAACUGGUCGAACUGAUCAUCAUGCUAAGUUUAUUAAUGUUACUGCUGGCCAUGAUGACUUCUGUAGCGGCAACUAGCGGCAACAAACAGUCCGCACAAGCCACGGUACAAUUUUUUAAAACAACUUUUGAGCAACUUUCGCUACAAAAAAAAAACUUUUGACUUUCUUUUAGGAGCUUUUGGGCAACUUUUUGAGAAAUUAAGGGAUUUUUUUUGGGAAAUCUCGAGCAACAUGUGGAAAGCCCACAAGACGCCACGCCACUGACAUUUGACUGAAGAAAGACGUAAUGGUGGAGAGGUGAAGAUAACACCUAUUUAAGAAGCAGACAGGAGAAGCGAAUACAUGAAAAUGAAAAAAACGUCACCUUUUCUGAAUCUGAGACCUUAGGAGAUUGAAAUUUUCAGAUAAAAACUAGCCCAUUGUACAAGCAUUUUUCUUAUAUAAGGAAAGCUCGAGCUGUUUCUACUAAAAGUACACGUACCGGCAUUUCUGCCUUUCAGUUUUUUGAUCAAUCAGUCGAGGGAUAACAAGAUAUAUUUUUUAUAACUUUUACUAUUUUCUUGUUUGAAACUAGCAAUCUCCAUCGUUUUGUUAUGGUGGUUGUGGCAUUCCCGGCAUGCCCGGUAAGCAUGGUACUCCUGGGGCACCAGGUCGCGACGGACGUGACGGACGUGAUGGCCGUGAUGGAGCUAAAGGCGAUCAAGGAUUGCAGGGAAAGACUGGACCUCAGGGACCUCCUGGUAAUAAGGGACCUGCUGGUGUAAAGGGAGAGGAUGGGGUUAAAGGAGAAACUGGAGCCCAGGGUCCUCCCGGUCAAAAAUGGGAACUUGGCCCGAUGCCGUUUAAGAAUUGGAAAGAAUGCGCCUGGAAAAACUUGAAUGAUGGAAAGGACAAUGGUCUGAUCAAGGUGAGUCGUGCGUUUGCGAUUGAUCAGCAUACAAUUAUCAAAUUUACACACAACACAGAGCAUGCAGCAGCCAUUUUCUAAAAGGCCUUUUGCAUACCAACGAAUAUCUAAAGGCUACUGGCCGCGCACUCAUUAUAAAGCGACAUUCUCUAUAUAGCAACCUAGUUACACACGUAGGCUUGUAUACUGAAUUCUGUCGGCAGAAUUUCGAGCGCAUAAGGUACUCUCUCCAGUAUUGUCAAUGGUAUUCACUAUUGGUCAUUAUCAAAAUAAAACUUGAAAAAAAAAUAUAUACAUAUACUAUAUAUAUCGUGACGCGACGAAUUAUGGACAAAGUGGCUUAAUUUUACUGUGAUUAAAUUUUACUUCAUAUUCUUGAACCGUAAUUAUAAAUAGCUUUUGCAAUACUAGUAUGUACUUGUAUGGUUCUGCAAAUAAAGCUUGUAGUUGUUAUUGUUGAAUUCGAAACUUCAACAUCCCCCAAGGCCCCGCCCCCCUAUCCUUGGGCAUUUGAACUUUUUAAGGCACGCCUGAUCAAAUUCUCCUUCUCUCCUCCCAAAAGGCCCUCGCUGGGUAUCCCAUUGUCUCCCGUGCGCUUCCUUUUUCUCUCUCUCCAGCUUCCCUACGAUACAGAGAGGCUUUUGCGGAGGAAAAAUAAAUUCCUUUUUAUACAUUACGGCCUAAUGUAGUAGUCAAAUGACUCUCCCAAAGAAGAAAUCUUUUGAAGAUUAUAUGUUGUGUGGAAGAAAGGUAAAUGUUUCGGACGUGUAAAAGUAAGUCGGGCUUAUAUCUUCCGGUCAUGAUAAUUUACUUUUAUUGAUCAAACUUGGUGAACUUUAUGAUGUAUCUGAGCGAGAACCUGUCCCCUCAAGGAACCAAAUUAGGGCCUUGGCUUUUUUUGACUGUGAUUAAAGACCUUGUUGUCAAAAAUGCACGCUUAUGGAAAUAUGUAGAUAAUACCAUAUCAUAUACCAUAAUUAUGAUACCAUAUAUAUUACUUCUAUAUGCUUUAGAAGUUGUAGACUGUAAAGUUAUUGGGUCUCAAUAUUUCCAGUGAUUUGACCUGGAAUAUCUAUAUUAAUGAAACUGUUAAGAAGGGCUCCAAGAGAUUAUAUAUUUUUUGGUACAACUUAAGAGAACUAAGGUUACUCGCACUGAUUUAGGGCUCUUCCACUCUAGUUGUAUUAGAUCAAUUAUGAACUAUGCACUACCGGCCUUUCACUUCAGUUUGCCUAAAUAUUUAACGUUAAGUUAUUACCUGCACCGCACGAAUCUACUUAUUCAUUAAGGCGUGCGUGAUCUUUUAACAUGCCACGUUUUAAAACUGACCUUUUUAAGAAUAGCUUUAUUAUCUUUUCAUGUCUUAAAGCAACUAACUUAUAGGUUAAAGUUUUCAAAUUUCGCAGCUUGUAUUUCGAUAACUUUUUUUGGCAUCUCAUCUCUUGUCAGCUUCUUUAUUCCUUUUAAUUAAGGUAGAUUAGUUAAUGCUUAGAUCUAUAAUUUAAUUUUUGUAACGUAAAUACGCAAUUCAGUUUUCGAACUGCUAUGUAUUUAUGAAUUAAUAAACUUCAAACAAAAAAAGGGAGGGAAAUUGGGGUCAAAGUAACAAAACAGCAUACGCUUAGCCUUUGGAGUAAAAAAAGCCAUUCAUUUACAACAGAUGUGUCUUAAACAGUUUCAAGUCUUCCAUCUAAUUAUGAGAAAUUUCGCAUCUACCGAUGUGAAAUAAGUUGCCAGACACCGGAGCUCAAAAAAAGUUAAACUUGAGGCUUGCGGUUCAAUUACCCACCCCCACCAGUGAUGGUCAAAUGCCCGGGUUGCUUCCAGCAACCAAUAGGCGUGACAUCUGGACAGUCAAAGUUCUAGCUGAAAACAGUCUCUAACGCUGGAUGAAGGGUUUGGGAGGUGAAGGGGAGGACAAGUAACGGGGGCACCGUUUAAAGAGGCCAAAUUAAAAACCUAAAGGUGCAUGAUCAUCAUGAUGGUGGAUCUACUCCUAGCCAGUAAAAUCUUGUAUAGCACAAAAUUAAAAAAAUGCAAAGCUGACUACAGCAGUAGAUUAUAUUAGUUCCUUUUUCCGAAAAAGGAUAAAUUCAGUCUCACAGCUGUGAAGUUAGCCUUGACCUCUACAUUCAUGAACUGAUUUAUCUGUCUGUCCACAACGACCACAAUCAAUAUUGGGCACUAGCUAGGCAGUUGCUAUUAAAUGUAAGCUAAAUCUAGGUUUUAGAUGUAAUGAAACAUUAAUCUGUUACUGAGCCUCUUCAUUAAUAGAUUUUCUGUCAAAUUUUUUGUGUUUUUUGCAGGACUGUGUUUUCACCAAAAACUUUUCUGAUACUGCCCUUCAUGUUUACUGGACGGGUGCACUAAGGAUUGCCAGCUGCAAUAGCUGCUGCAAACGUUGGUACUUCACUUUCAAUAGCGCUGAGUGUUCUGCUCCUCUGCCGAUUGACGGAGUUGUCUACAUGGCGACGGGCGGUAAUAAAAAUCUCCAUCGCGUCCGCCAUAUUGAGGGGCACUGUAAUAACAUCCAUAAAGGAAAGGUGCGCGUGGGAUUCUGGAUCGGCAACUGCGCUUCAUAUGGAAACGCUGAUGGCCACACAGGAUGGAAUUCAGUGUCCCGCAUAUUUGUUGAAGAAGUUCCUAAAGCUCAAGCUUAA